AUGGUGUUUAUCCUGCCAGAAAAGUUCAGGGUAGCAGAAGGACAAAAGAAUACUUUGGAAAGAGAUGUACUCUCUCAAGAAACUUUUGAAUUCAAAUUGGCAGAAGUGGAAGAGGCGCCGGAACAGCAAAUACCUACCGCCAAAACAGGCAGAACUGCCAUGAAAUUAGCCGCAGAACAACUGUGCUUUUCCGAACCUACCAAGGAAAUGGUCAAUUAUCUCAGACCUUUGUUCAUAACAGCUAACUUUGGGGGUGUUCCUAUUCCCAAAGUAAUGGUAGAUGGAGGUGCAACCAUUAAUCUUCUACCUCACAGGUUGCUGAUCAAGAUGGGCAGAAUAGAGAAGGAUCUAAUUCCAACACGCUUAAUGGUCACCAACUUCGCUGGGGGCAUCACUAAGACUCAUGGAAUACUAGAUGUGGAUGUCAUUGUAGGAACCAAGAAGCUGAAGAUUGCCUUUUUUGUGGUAGACACCACUUCUACCACUUACAAUGCACUGCUUGACAGAGAUUGGAUCCACCAGAGUUUGUGUGUUCCUUCCACUCUACACCAACAGUUGGCCCUCUCGCAUGAAGAGGGUUUUAUGGAAAUUGUGGAGGCCGGCCCAUGGCUAUUCUUGCCAUCUGCAUUAUGUUUUGAGGCCAGCUCAAGCCAGCAGGAAAGGGAUCGAGCGGCAACAAUCCAAUCCAUUACAAAUAGAUUGUUGGUACAUUGGGAAGAAAUGAGGCUUUCUAUGUAUAGUCCAGCCAUUAACAUGGCAGAAUUCAUGCAUGAGAGUGUAGAAGAACAUGAUGGAAAUCUGCAAGAGAGAGAAUUGGAAUUCACACCAGCAGCACUGGAUAAUUCCCUGCCAGAAGUAGAGGAUCCUUUCCAAGAAAUAAACCUGGGGACAGAAGAGGAUCCCAGACCUACUUUCAUCAGCACAUUACUAGAAGAGCCAGUAAAGAAUGAAAUCAUUGCACUUCUGCAUGAUUUCAAAGACUUUCGCAUGGCACUACCACGAAAUGCCUAG